AUGGCCACCCAGGGUCCCUCUCCGCUACCCCCUACAACCAUCCUCUCUUCCAAGCCUAUCUCCCAGGCUGCCGCGCACGAUUUCCUGGCUGCCUAUCUCGAUCGCGCCGCCACAGACCCCGCCCUCCAACCUAAUGCCGGUAUCAGCGAACAUGGCCCGACCUCGCGCACCACGGCUGCGGCACCCAACCUCAUUUUGCACAACCUGAAGCGCGUUCAGGCUGGUCUUGCUGGCGAAGUUCUGGGCAGGGACCUGGCUCUUGCGAAGCUCAGCGCUGGAGAGGAUGGCAAUGCGCAGCAGACAGAGGCUGGAAAUGAGGGGUGGGAGGACCCGAAGAAGCUUCAAGAGGAGGUUGUUGCUGCCGAUGAUGAUGACGAUGUCCGGAUGGAUAUGGAUGCUGUUGAGACAGAGCAGAACGCCGAGACUGCUGCGGGUCUUGAUAAAGAGGAAAGGAAGCGGAAGAAGAAGGAGCGCAGACUUGCAGAGAAGAGGGCAAAGGCCAAGUCGGACGCUUGA